GCGCUGCCCGGCCCGGUACGGCACCAUGACUGUCGCACGGCUCGACCAGGGCCAGCGCUACCGGCCGCGGAUGGCCUUCCUGAAAAAGGUUGAAGCACUUAUGAUGGAGAUGCAGAAUCCAGAUACGGGCAUUAAGAUGCAGACUCAGACGGUGAUGAUCUCAAGCAUCCCACAUGCUCUGGCAGGUAAUGAUAUAAUGCAGUGGAUUCUCCAGCGCUUGCAGAUCCUUGAGGAAGAGGCUCUGCACCUGGGGGACAUGUUUGUCAAAUAUGGAUACAUCUACCCUCUUCAGGAGCCAAAGAACCUCACCCUUAAGUCAGAUGGCAGCCUCUACAGGUUUCAAACCCCCUAUUUCUGGCCUGCACAGAGCUGGGCUGCUGAUGACACAGACUAUGCAAUUUACCUAGCAAAGAAGAACAUUAAGAAGAAAGGGAUUUUAGAAGAAUAUGAAAAGGAACAUUACAACAUGCUCAAUCAAAAAAUAAACUACAAGUGGGAUUUUGUUGUUAUGCAGGCCAAAGAGCAGUAUAAGGCAGGGAAGGAGCGGAAUAAAGAGGACAGGUACACGCUGGACUGCCAGGAGAGAGCCUACUGGCUUGUGAACCGAGCUCCUCCCGGCAUGAUAGACGCCCUAGAGUAUGGAUUAGACCGCGUAACGGAUCCCAAUGAAAAUAAGGUAAACCAG